GGUAGACAUGUGUUGUCAUUUGUCUCCGCAGCUGUUGGGACAACACCUCAUAUCUAAACCCCCGUGCCAGUGAGUGUUUGGGACAUUUAGGGGACACAAUUUGCAUUUUAUCAGCCAGUGUAUUUCAAACAAGUAGUUGUAAUGGAUUCUCGGCUGUCGAAACAGAUCCAGUGUUCGGUGUGUUUGGGGGACUUUACAGAUCCCGUGAGUCUGCUGUGCGACCACACGUUCUGCCGACAGUGUAUCAGCAAUCAUUCCCAAAGCUGUCGUCUGAAACUCUGUCCAGAAUGCAGACGACCCUAUACUAUGUGGGACAUUCGGUCCAACCGAGUCCUGCGGAAUAUGGUGACCGCUGUGAGGGAACACUUGAGUGAGCAGCAGGCCCUCAGGGACAUGAAUGUAGCGACCUGUGGAGCAAGCGCGAGAGUGUUUGAGGAACCAGAGAAGCUUGUGUGUUCAGAUCAUCAGGAGAGACUCAAGCUGUUUUGUGAGACAGAUCAGAAACUGGUGUGUCUGAUCUGUAGGGACGGUGAGAGACAUCAGGGACACACGUUCAAACCUGUGGAGGAGGCAGCGGAGCCCAGAAAGAAUUUAUUGUUAGAGCCUCUGAGUUUCCUUUCGAAGGAGAAUGAAGAGCUGCAGGCUCUUGUGAAGAAGCAGACGAGUGAGAUCUCUAAAACGGAGGAAAGGUCUCGACAGCUCUCUGCUCAGAUCUCUGCUCAAUUUGAGGAGAUGCACCAGUUUCUGAAGAAAAAGGAGGAGGAAGUGGAGAAAAUGCUGGAGAAAGAAGAGAAGGAUAUGAUAGAAAAGAUGAAAAGAAACAGAGCAGAAAUAGAAGAGAAGCUGAACGAUGGAAGAGAGAAGGAAGGGAUUCUACGCUCAGUCUUUGACACUGAUCAACCAGACGGCUUUUUGCAGUGGUGGACUGAGAAAGGGCUGGACUUUGUCGAAGAGAUGAAAGAGAAAGAAAGCUGUUGUGAAAAUAAUGACGUUGCUUCUCCAACAACCAAGUUCAAAUCAGCAGUGAAAAGUGUGAAUUUGACACCUAAUUCUCUGCUCCUUGGCCUUCAUGAGACUCAUUUGCAGUUUAUUGUGUGGAAGGAGAUGCUGGGCUUUAUCAAACCAGUCCCUGAUUGUAAUGUCAUACAUGACUGUCAUGACCCAUACCUGAGGGUCUCCUCUGAUGGACGCAGUGUCAUCCGCACAUCCAAAAAGGGUAUUUUCUUGCGUCACAAAGACUACAGGCCUCUGGCCAGGACUCACAAGACCUUCCAGUCAGGACAGCACUACUGGGAGGUGGACGUAGGAGCAAAGAUAGACUGGAGCGUGGGCUUCGAUGGUGGGUGUAUAAGCAACUUAAACAAGGACAUCGGGCUUCACCUUAAGCAUGACCAAGGCUACUGCAUCAAAGAGUAUGAGACGGUGACAGAAAUAGAUUUGACGGUGAAACCACGCAGGAUAGGGCUGUACCUGGACUGUGACCGGUGUCAGGUGUGCUUCUAUAAUGCCGAUGACAUGACUCUACUGCACACCUCCACAUACCCUUCACCCAUCCCGUACUCCCUCAGCCUCUCUCCAGGAGCUUAUCUGGCAGGGAAGAAUGCUGAUCCACUCACAGUGACCUGGAACUGAUCCGACUGGGAAAUUAUUGACACUUUAGUAAGAUGGUUAGAAGAACUGGUCCAUUUAAUGUUUUUGAGGUGAUGUAAUAAUGCAGGGGUGGCAAACGUCUGUCCUGGAGAGCCACAGCCCUGCAGAGUUUUGCUUCAACCCUAAUCAAACACACCUGAACAAGCUAAUCAAGGUCUGAAGGGUUAAUAGGAAGCUAUAGGCAGGUGAGUUUUCAUUAAGGUUGGGGCUGAACUCUGCAGGUCUGCAGCUCCCCAGGACCGGAGUCUGCACCCCUGUAAUAGUGCUUGAGAGAAAAGUUAUUGGGUGCUGUAUUUACUUGCUUAGUUUGUUAGUGGGUGGUUUGCUUUGUUAUAUUUUAGAAUAUUUGUGACAGGCACCAUAAGCACUCUGAGAACAUAAAAGACCACAUUAUUGUUAGAGCCAUUUCCACCAUAUAAGAAAAAAUCAUGCUUUGGUGAACCAUAAUUAUAACAUGACUUCAAAAUUUUGAGUUACUAAGUCAUGAUUAUAUACUAUAAGAUAGACAUGUCACUUUUUCUUUUCUUUUCUUUUAAACUUUUUGUUAUAAUUUCACAAUUUCACCUGUUUUGUUUCAUAACUGUGAUUAUGUCCUAAUUAUGUUAUAUAAUAACAAUUGUAUGUCAUAAUUGUUAUGUCAUAAUGACUGUUUGUCAUAACUAUAACUGUGAUUGCCAUAAUGACUGUUUGCCAGAAUUAUGACUGUUUUAUCAUAAUUAUGUUACGUUAUUCUGGCUGUUUUUGUCAUAAUUAUGUUGUCAUAGUUAUGACUGUUCAUGUCAUAAUUAUGACUGUCAUAACUAUGACUGUGACUCACAAUUACCGUUUGUCAUAAUUAUGACUGUUUUUGUUAUAAUUAUGUAAUGUCAUAAUGAUCGUUUGUUAUAGCUGUGCAUGGUCAGAAAUUAACUUUUCCCAUAAAGGGGCAAUAUUUGCCCCCCUAUAUUUGACCCCCUGGAAUUGAUUUCCAGGGGCAUUUUUUA